CUAACAAGAUUAAACACCGCUACUCCUUUAAAAAUGGGGAGGAGACCACAAGAAACUCAGAGUUUACAGGAUAAAACCUGCUCCCGACCAGGUUAGGUUCAGAGAGUAUGUUACUCUGGAAACAGACUCUGAGUAUAAGUUACCUCUCCUUCUGAAACAGGCUUGACUUACCCCGCUGUCUCAGGUUUAACCUACCUCCCUUUUUGAAACGGAAAACUCAGAGUUUCCCUUAUUUCAGGGUUAACAAACUCAGAGUUUUCACUUAACCACCUUUCUGAAACGGGCCCCAGGUAUCAGACGAAACGGCCUCAGGCAGAAAGGCUUCAGAUGAUUUUCCGCGUAACCCCGUCCCUUAGCGUGACGUCACUUCCGUAAACUUCUGGCCAGCACUUAUUACAGCACACGGAGACUGCUAAAGAUGUAAGGAUGGAUAAGAUAAAAGAAUACAAGAUUUAAAAAAACAACUUGAACGUGAUGAACUUACUCAAAAGGGCUUUGAUGCCAGAGUGAAACAUUUGCUGAGUGAAGAGGAGUCGCACAGUGGAAGAGAGACAAAAGAAAAAAACGAGAAGGCAUUUAUGGAUGCAGCACAAAUAUUUACAAAGGCAAAACAAUUCAUCAAACCACAGGUGAAAAAAUGUCAGUUUCCCCUUCGCCAAAAAGAAAAGUCCUUAUUAAAGAUAAAACUGAGUCCCAUGGAGUGGAAACCACGACCAUCCAAAAAACCUGGGAGGUACCAAAAACUAAUUCUUGAGGAGGCCCCACCAAGGAUCUUAGUCACAGGCAACGAGGGUUAUGAUGAACUCAUCAAUAUUGCUCAGGAGGCGUUCUGGAUGGCAGAAGAAAGAGAGGGAAGUACACUUACUCUCUGUCAUGCAGAUGGCACGAGGUGGACAAAGGAGCAGUUUAACCAAGAAUAUGGAUCUGUUUCGGAGAUCCCAACCCUUUGGAAGAGGACAUUUUUUAUUGGACGUAGAGAAAUGGGUAUAGUAGAAAAUGUUUUCUCUACCAAGGCAGAUAAUAUUUGUAGUCACAACACAGUAUGUAAGUUCCAAUAAGAUCAUAAUGUCUAAUUUAUGAUCUUAUUGGAACUUACAUAUUGUGUUGUGUCUACAGAUAUUAUCUGCCUUGGUGAAACCAGUUCACCAUCAGGUAUGUACCAAAAUGUUUGUGGUAGUCCAUUGACAAAAUUAUGUUUUUAUUGUUGUUAUUAUUUUUUAAUGUGUAAAUUAAUAUUUUUAAAUUAAUUAUUAAUUGCUUCUUUUUUCAAGAAAUUAGGAAAGUUGAAGUGGACUCUGAUAUGGAUUUCCAGCCUAAGAGAUCCAGGUGUACAGGGAAAUCCUUAGGUUCAGGUAAAAGUGCUGAUGGUGGUCCAGAUCCAGGUUCAGAGAGAUCUUUGAAUGGAGGCAUAGAAACAAGCACACACACUGAUCCGAAAUCAGAUCCACCUACAGAUCAGAGUGCAAAGGAGUCUACAAAACCAGAACAUGAAGCAGAGAGGUGUGUGGAAGGAGAAAUAGCAGGAUCUGUAGUCAAAGGUGUUUGCCCACAGAAUGAGGUGUUUUAUGUAUCAUCUAAUGUUGUCACCAUCUUACCAUCAUUGUAUGUUCCACGCCUGCCAUUUGUGGAUGAGUCACUUAUCAAUUACAAUGAACGGGACCUCUUGGGUGAAGGAUCUUUUGGAAAGGUGUAUAGAGGUUCUUUUCAGGGAACACCAGCUGCCAUAAAGAGGAUUCCAUAUGGCAUAGCAGGACUUGAAGAUCGGGACAUACAGCAUGAGAUUCUCGUCUCACUACGACUGAGCCAUCCCAAUAUUGUUCGACUCAUGGCAGCAGCCCGCACUGACAACACCUUUUUGCUGGCCAAUGAAUACAUUCAUGGCACAACCCUGGAUCAUGUGAUACACAAUGGCAAUGCUUGUGUUAAGUUUGAAGGAAACGACAGUCAUUUUGUUGCCCUUGACAUAUCCUUGGCCGUUGAAUACAUUCACUCAAAAAAUGUCAUUCAUCAGGAUCUAAAGCCUGAAAAUAUUUUGAUUGACAGAUUCUCUAAAAAAGCUGUACUUACUGACUGGGGACUAGCCAACAUAAGGGACACUGUUGUACUACGACAAGGAAGCAGAAUUACCGAAGGCAGGUUAGGACCAAUGGGUGGAACUUUUCUUUACAUGGCUCCAGAGUGUCUUAUUGAGUUUGAAGAGGCUUCUAGAAGCUCUUACAUCUGGUCUUUGGGAGCAACAUACCUUGAACUUUUCACAAAGUUAAAGCCCUGGACAGUAAAAAACCAAAAGCAGUUGUCUGGCCUAAUGACCAAAAAUGCACAGCCACAUGCUCUUGAACAUCUGUGUGAAAAAUACAGUUUCAUUGCCAUGAUGCUACACUAUGACCCAGCAUCAAGACCUGAAGCUUCAUCAGUUGUUCUCUCUCUAAAAAAAGUUGAAGGGCCAGAUUAUCUGAGUCGUUAUGGUUACACGUGGUGAAUGUAACUAACUGUUGUGACCUUGGAACUGUAUUAGAAGUUCAGUUUUUGGCCUACUGCUGUGUUAUUUAUACAUCUGUCAGAAUGUUCCAUAUUGCUACUGACAUGUUUGAAUAUUUGCUGCGUUUUGCAGUUGUAAAGAGCAAGUAGCUCAGAUCAGUAAAGAUAAGUCUUGAUGGAA